CAUUUCACAUUUGACAAACAGGAACAGUUGCUCCUCCUAAGUCCUAACCUAAACUUCUUUCCACACAACAAACAUCUUCACAUUCUCACCCUCCCAUUCACACAUCACUCACAAAUCCCAUUGACAUUAUCCCUUUCCUCAAUCACAAAAAAAGCCUCUCUUAUAUCUCAUUAUUCUCCGCUUGCAAUCACCAAAGGCAAAAAAAAUAAAGGGGUACGUUAACGAUGAAGCGCGCUUUCUCCGUCGACACCGCGGAGGAUAACAAAAACAACAGGAACACGAAAAAGACAAAGCUUGAUUCGGAAGAGGAAGAGGAACACGGGACACGUGGCGGCAGCGUGUACUUAGACGACAACGUUUUGUUCGAGGUGCUGAAGCACGUGGACGCGCGGUCGUUGGCGAUGGCGGGGUGCGUGAGCAAGCAGUGGCAGAAGGCGGCGCGUGACGAGAGGCUAUGGGAACUGAUCUGCACCAAGCAGUGGGCAAACACAGGGUGCGGUGAGCAACAGCUACGAUCCGUGGUCCUCGCCCUCGGAGGCUUCCGUCGUCUCCACGCGCUCUACCUCUGGCCUCUCUCCAAGCCCCACGCGCCUUCUUCUUCUUCUUCUUCUUCUUCGUGGCCUGCCAUCCCGCACGUGCUUCGGUCCAAACCUCGUUGGGGCAAGGACGAGGUUCACCUCUCCCUCUCCCUACUCUCCAUUCGUUACUACGAGAAGAUGAAUUUCCUUAACACCAAGAAAAACACAUGAGACCAAUAAGGAUUGACACAAUUUCGUACCUAUAGGAUGGUAAAAAGAAAAGAAAAAAAUCACAUGACUUUCUCGGCUUUUAUGUUGUUGUUCUUUUUCGCAUGGUUUCGUGUUUGGUCUUUUUUUGCAAUAUUUUAUUUUUGGUUGCCAGAUCUGCAAUUGUGCUAAACUGGUAGCCUGGUUGUGUAAAUUGAGAAAUUAAUGAAUUGUCUGAUAUGGAUGUAUUAUAGUUUGAAAAAGAAACAUCUUAGGUUGAUUAAUUAAUCUACGAUAGCA